UUUUUAGGGUUACAUUAGGUUCCGUACAUGGGAUCUUACGUAAAAUUGAUCGAAAUUAAUGAUUUUCAAAAUGAUUGCAAAGAAAAAAUUCUUAAACGACCAAUGAUACAAAGUAUGAUCUGAAAUUCACAUUCAAUAUCGUAGGUAGAAAGGUCUAGUAACGAUUUCUCAUUUGAUUUGAAUCCCUUCUGAGGAGCUAUUGGUUAUGAAAGUUGAAUGGUGAAAAAGUAUACUCGCAAAACGAUUGGAAAUAAAACAAGUGAUCGAAAGAUCAAUUAUAGAACCAAAUUUUCUGCAAAAAAGCUCCCCAUAGAAUUUUUCUGAUCUCGAUGCGAUCUCGGAUCUUUGCCUAUAAUAAAAGACUUCGAAAAAAUUUGCUCUCAACACGAAAUGAAACGGUUGACGGUUUUGGUCAAAGAUUUUCCUAUUUUUACUUUUCCUCCAAUAGUAUCAUAUUUACAGUUUACAACCACCGGGAGUUUGUUGAUCAAAUGACAUUCCCUAUUGUUCAGGUCAGAAAGAACGAAAAACAAAAUUUCAUGCAUACAGGUGAAUAAGAAAAGGGAGUUGUAAUUAUGGAAUAAUGUGAAUUUUCCAUUUUGUAAUUUGAGAACAGUUACAUGUAAAGCCACUGGCUAGGUGUUUUUCGACUAGUGACUUUCGGCCGACCGGAAAUGGUGAAAAAGCCAUUUUCGAUCUCCCUACCAGACAGACACUGCUUUGACUAUUUUUUCGUGACGUAACACGAACAUAACCUUAAAAAAUUGCGACAAUCUAUACCCCAGAUCUGACAUUGUGUAUUUAAAGUUUUGUGUUUACAAAUAAAGUCCCCGCGACCAGUGAUACAUUUACGAUAUAUUGUGAUGAGUUUUGUGUAGUGAUGAACCGAUAAUUAUUCGUCGGAUAUGACUCAAUUCUCGAUGUUUCAUCAAGUUAUGAAGGUCUCAGCUAGCCAUUACAAGGCAAGGAACUGGGAUCGUAUUCUGGGUUAAUAGGGAGACCCCUGCAUAAUGGCUCUAGAUACGAUGGGCUUGAUGGGUGGAACGGAUGUUCUUCGAGAAAUCAGUAUGCGCCUGGAAGAAAGUCACUUGACUUAUUUGCAGCUGGACGAGAGUCCGUUGAAGUUACAGGCCAGACAAAAGCUUGAAGGUUUCAUAAAAGAAUAUCUUUGUCAUGUACCGAAUGAGAGGAAAUAUGUUUUCCAAGAAACGGCAGAUAUUCUCCAUCGUUCAGCAGCAACAGUCAAGGAUUUCAGUGGCUAUCGAGCUUGCACAGCCUGGAGAGCUCUGUCUCUUUAUGCCGCUAAUUUACUUGCCCAACCUUGGCGGAAAGAAUACAGAACAUUGAGGACUUACAGCGGCUACUACAAACACGAAAUUGAAGCUAAUCUUAUAGGAGCUGAACUAAUGUUUGAAUUAAUGGGCUACAAGCACACCGGCCUCGGCGUACUCACUCUAGAAGGGCCUAUAGAUCCUGACAGGGUAUCCAAUGUCAGCAGAGAUGCUAUCGUCGCGUUUGUCGAAUGUCAGAUAUUGAAAGAAAUAUGGGAAAACGUAUCCCAAAAAUUUACGGUGUCGUGGCUCGAAGUGCUCGAGUUUCGGUGCAAUUCAGUCGGUACACCAGAACAAGCGAUAAGAGCUUUAAAUUUCCGAUUUCUCGAGCGUCUUCAUCAGACUCGAGAGAAAAAUUCCUCGACCAGUUAUCGCGAUUACAUAAACGCGCAACAGCCAAUGGGAAUAGAAGUGCCGAUCCCACCCCUUGUUGGGUCCGCGAUUCCUUAUCACGCGAUGGCAAAAAAUUACAACACGGCAAUGAUGCCGAGCACUUGUAAGCCCGAGAGCGUUUAUCCGCUGGAUGGAAAUUAUUAUUUCACACCCAUGGACCCGAUGAACUUUCCGAAUCGUUGCUCAAACCCUUAUCUCUGCAGGCCAUCGAUCAAUCAUUAUUAUCCUUUGGGCCAAGCCCAGUUGACCAAUUCAAUGACGAUGCCAGGGAUUUCAGGGAGUCACGUGACGAGAGUCCCGACGGGACGUUUAAUUGAGCUCGAUCCACCACUGCCUGUGGCUAAUUUUGAAAUGAAUCGUCCGGUUCUGAACGAGAUUUCAAACAGAUCGACCAAGUCUCGUUCUCGCGAGGUAAUCGACGAUGACGAGGUCGAUUUUCGGCGGAACAACACCUGCCCAAACUUCGACGACUAUGCGAGAGUGGACAAACGUCCGAACGCUAAAAUAUCCCGUCACAACGUCAACACCAAAGACGAUGACUGGGAAUUCGUCUAUAAGAAUCUCGAGAGUCGCGGUUAUUCGAAAGAUCUUGGAGAACGGGACGAUGUGUUGAGGAAAAAAGACUCGUCCGCAGAAGGGAAAAGCUCCGGGAGAUCGCAGUUGAAAAAUUCUCGAUCUCUCGUGCCUCUCGAACCGGAAGAUAAAUACGAGAAACACGGAGGUAUUCGAAGCGCGAGAGACGAGAGGAAGCGAAUCUCUAACGCCGCGCAAACCAGCAAACCCCUCAGUUUCAAUGAGUCGAAUUUGGACCUCACCAACGGGCAGGAAAAUCGCUCAAAUCUUCCUGAAUUUCGGAAAAAAGCGAGCUCCCUUGACUUCACACAGGAUUCCCUCGUCCUCGAUCCAAUCACCGACCAAAACUUUAGCAGCUUCGAGAAAAAUGGCAAAAAGUAUAGCAACACACUUAACUCACUGAGAAACAUUUACAAAAACGUCGAUGCUCAACUCGAAGCCAGAGUCUUCAAAAAACAAGAUUCCGAACAAACCCUCUCCGCCGAACGAUGGAGCUGCGGCACGUGCACUUUUUUAAACUCACGCGAACGUGAAAUCUGCGAAAUGUGCGGUAAAUCGAAGCGCAAAGGCAACGAAGACAAACCCCUUGCAAGUGGUGGUAAAGAGUGUCCCCAAUGCACUCUCGUCAAUGACAAAAAUGCCUCGCAAUGCGAAGUUUGCUCAGCCAGCUUGAAAGACUCACCUACUUACAUCUGAACAAAAUUUCAUUCAUUUUUCAUCCUGUCUUUCUUUUUAUUGAAUUUUGCACCUCUGGAGCUCAAGAAAAUAUUUUUUCCGCAGCUGGGCUUUUUGAAGAUUUUUUAAGUUUAUCAAUAUAUCAAGUGUCAUACCGAAAACGGUUCCCCUUUUUAAUCACAACGAAAGGUACUAAAAUCAUGCCUUUUGUGAUGUCCAAUUUACUUUUGACCAUUGUCAUUGCUCCGGAUGUGGCCCAAGAAAAUUCAAUUUGUGAACAAAUUUUAAACACCCGUGCACAAAGUGAAUUUGAGAAAAAAAACUCAAUGUUUCCAAUCAUCGUAGAUUCAGAACAGAAUUUCAACAGAGAUAAAGAGAUGCAAACUUCAAGGACGUAAACUUAAAAACCAUUUUUUUCCCAUUUUUCGUUAAUUGUGCACACGAAACGAUACGUAAGAUUUCCCGAAGUUCUGAAGGAGUAUCUGACUGGCUCAAAGACAAUUUCUAUUGAGGAUUCCUUAGAAAAGAAAUUCGAAUUCUAUUCAUUCUACUACGUAACAAGUAUCAAUUUUUUUUAUUAUUCUAUACGGGAAAGCGCCUUUGAGGUAUCGAACGAAUUUUGAUUGAAAAAGGCCUAAGUAUACUGGAAAAAAACCUGAGAAGAGGCCUGAACCGACCUAAAGAAUUCAACGACCGAAAUAGCUUUGAAACCCACGAAAAAAACGUUUGUUGAACGAACUUAAACUUCCUCGAGUGAAAAAGUCCAACGAGAAAAUGCGUUGAGACAUUCGACAGCUGAUUCGUUCGUUGUCACGAACAAAAUACACUUCUUUUAAGAUUCUCCUUUCCAUUAUUGUGUUUUUCUGACUGAUAGAGAAUGAGAAUGCAGAAAAUCGUAGCACAAAGCCCGAAAAAAUCAGUCAACGAUCAUGUCUGCGAUAUUUAUUUAAAUAGUAUCAUAAGAUUUCAUUACUUUACAAUUUCGAUUGUUUUUACUGAUUUUUAAUCCCAAAUUAUGAAUAUUACAUGAUUCCAAAACAAGCUCCGAAUCAGAGAUCAAAAUCCUGUUUCCUCGUAUAAAAAUCUUCGAGUCUCGAUCCCGCGAAGACAUGGAACAUUUCCAACGUUACGUAACUAAUGAAUUUUUGUUAGAUUAAUUAUUUAUCGAUUUUAUCAUAAAUUUUGUUACUUAUUUACCUCGAUGGGCUUUUUUAAUUUAUUGUUGGUAUUAUUAUAAUCGUAUUAGGAAUAUUAUUAUCCACUAGGGAGAGUUUUACUAAAAAUUUUCGUUUCGUUACGACUGAAGUCAUUACAAAUGUAUGUACAGUAUAUAUUUGACGUUGUCUCCUGAAUCGUCAUAUCCUCGAUUUCGAGUAUAAUAACGUUUGAUGCUUUCUCGACCGUUUGUGAAACGUCGGGUUGAAUUGAGCUAAGAAUAUAUGAAUUAUUAUGACUGAAAACGAAACGAGAUGAAGGGCGAUGACGAAACGAUUGUUGGAACUAAGCGAUUAAGAGAAUCCACGAAAUUACUCUUUUAUUUAGUUGAACAAUCGAGGCACUAAUAUACGAGUUUAAAGUAAAUGGAACUAAAUAAUAAAUGAGAAGCCCUCAAGUAGGCACAGUAUUUUUCGAAUUUACACGUAGCCUCGAACGAAUUAAACCGUAAAUGAGUGCAUAAUAAGAAAGUGUAAUUUUAUAGUGAAGAAUAAAUAUAAAGGAUCGAAAGAAAUAAUGUUACGUAUGGAAUUUGUCCGAGAUAAUGUAAAAUGGGUACGAGAUUUUUAUCCUGUCGUUAUUCGCAGUCGAUCGCGCGCUCCGUGAAAUCUGUUGUAAAGAGAAAAUAUAUGUAUGUUUGUACUAAGAUUUAACAGUUUGCUGCGAAUUGCGACAAAACAAACACACACACACACACACAAGAAAAACUGAAGAACAGUAAAAAUGGAAUGAGGACUAUGAUUGAUUUAUCGCGGAGCUUCAACAGUACGUGGUCUAGUCAAAGUGCACGAAAAUCAACGUCGCUCGAUUUUACAUUAGGCAAACAAUUUGUCCUUUUUUUAACUCUUCAAAGGACCAACGUAUGUGUUUGAAUAAAAUUGUGCUCGACUAGA